AUAAUAUUCCCAACUAUCGUACUUGAAACAUCAACAUUUUAAAUUCUCUGCAAUUAUGGACUCCGCGGCUGGCAAUUUUGACAUAAAAAUCGUGAAAAUUGAAUCAAUAGAAAUAACACCUGAUUUGCCGCAUGAGGCGGAAAUAAAAGAAAGCGUUGAUCGAAGCCAGUCAGAAUCAAAAAAACAACAACAAUCUGAUAACGAGGGUACAUCCAUAGCAGACUUGCAAUUAAAACGCCGAAGAGAAUUGUGCGAAUCAAAAAGUCAACAAAAAUCUUAUAAGGAGGGUUCGUCCGUAGCAGAAAAGCAACUAAAACGCCGAAGAGAGUUUGAAGCCAAAUUCAACUUGCAUGCAAAAAAAUCAAAAAGAGGCGAAUAUUUAGCAAUAGCUGAAGAAGAGAGUUCGCAAGAUGAAGUAAAAGCGCCGAUGAUACAGAUACCACUACACUUGAAGGGUAUACCAAAAUCAAGAAGUCAUGACUUGAUUGAUGUGCUUUUACCGUUUCAAAGUAUUAAAAAAGAGCGAGAGGCUGAGCAAAACACAACAAGCUCUUCAAACAAAAAGCAACUGAACUUCAACGAUCUCGCAUUAUUGUUACCCAAGCGAAUGGGUAACAACGAUGCUGAUUAUGGUAUUAGCCACAAAUCAGGUAUUAAAGCGGAGCCAAUCGACGAUUUGGACACAUCAAACACAUUAAAUUCAGCGGAGUCGCUUCUAUAUAAAUCACUCCCUCCGUUUCUUCAGCGAGCGCUUGAUACAGUCCAUGGCAAGCAAUCCAAUGAUGGUUUUGAAAUAGGACCUCAUGGAACGUGGCUAUCUAUAAAAGAUUUUAAAAAAAUUAACUGGACAGGAGUAUCAGUUGCCACGCGGUCGCUUCUAUCUGUACUUUUCGACCGCCAAACUCUUGCCAGAUCCACUCUAACUGGUAAUCCCUCGCCUGCUUUUCCGGACCAUCCAGUUAAGAAACAAUUAGACCCUCGCAAAAUACAGGAUAUAAUAUAUUUUAUGAAACGCGCAUUUCAUUCAAAAGAACGUGAUAUUCGCAAUGCAAUAACUAUGAAAUGCGCGGAUACUAGUAAAGCUAACCGAAGAUAUAGUUUAUCCAAGCGAAAGUUGGGAAUAUUGUUUUAGUAGCUUAACUAAAUAUAUGUCUGAAUGUUGUGUUAUAUGUGAGUAUAAUUUUAGUUGUAGUUUUUCAAUUAAGGUUAAGGGAUUAAGAUGUCAAAGGAAUGUGUAUUUUAUUUCAUAAUAAUUGAUAUUGAGCCAAACUCAAGACGUUAAAAGUGAGGUUAAAAAAAAUAAUAAAAAAAUUAGUUUGUAUAAUGCUUAGUAUGUGCUUUGAUUGCGUUUUAUGUACUGUUUAAUGUUUUCAUUAAAAUUAAAAAAAAAAAUUAUUUCCAACUAUGUUUUAAAGCAUAUUUUUAGGCGAAUUUGAAUCCAGUCAAGAUUUCUUUUAGCCCCAUCUAAGUACUAUUUUAUACGAAUUUCUUUUCCCCCCAACAUGUUGCUACAAAGUUUAAUAGCUUUAUUCACCUAAAGGUUGUGGCUGUCACCUAAAACUAAUUGAAUAUGAUAUAGGGUUAUAUAGUUAUAUGUUUUGCGUCCGUCCGUGCUAGCACUAACUUCAGUAAAAGUUCAGAUAUCUUAAUGACUCUUGGUUUACGCGUUCAUAAUAGUGUAUCUCUGUGCCUAAAAUGAAUAAAAAUGGCCGAAAACUCGACCCAGCGUCAUAUAAUUUAUAUCAGGGUUUCGAAUGAGGAUGAGGAACCUUAAAGAAACUCCGGUGACAUUUUAUUAGUACGGCACAAGUUUGAAGUUACGGUUGGUCCCAGUAUAGGUACUUUUUUCAGUGGC